AAUUCGAUAUUUCUUAUUACACAUCUCCAGCUGCACAAGCCGAAAUUUUUUAUUUUCCUUGCCAUAGUUUCAAGUUUUACCCUGAAAAUCCAAUUCCAUAAAUCAUGGAAACCACCAGCUCCAGUCCAUUUAAGCCGAGGCAAAAAGACAAGGACGAAGACAAGUUUCGAAUCUGGGCAACAAUUGCCUUCAUAGUGGUCAUCAUUGGAAUAGGCGUACCCAUGUGGUGGCAUACCACUACCGUAUACAGAGUCAAUUUACCUUCUUCAGAUAUUCUGAGCCUCAGUGAAACGCCUAUCAAAACAACCGUGCAGGUGGCCAUCUACACAAAAGAACUCAGCCGAGGCCAGUUGCUCAUCGGUGAACUGGAAAGCGCUUUUAGCGACAGCGAAAUUUGGACUUUGAGAUUUAAACAAUUAAAUGCAACGGAAAAGAUCCUGGAAGCUCACACUCCUGCGGUUUUGGAGAAACUUCUUUUGAAAGAGCAUCCCCAGAAUCUGGGAGACUUUAUGUUAAUAGAGUGGCCCAAUCUACAAGAGGAGCUGCUGCUCACAACGGAACGUUCAGCUUUGAUGCGAGGAGAUACUUCUGCUAAUAAGAUUGCCCAACUUUUGCACUCCAAGAUCCUCCAAACAUAUCGUAUCAACCAAAUAUUAAGUACAGAUGAGCGAAUGGGCACCAAGUCAGAGGCUCCACAGCCAGCUUAUGAUGUGAUUGUAUCUGUGCUGAAUCCAAAGCCUCGUCAGACCCAUGCUCAGUGGAAUAUUGCAAUGGCCGUGAGGACCUACAUUGAGCCCUGGCUGGCACAGGUGUCCGGCGUGUCGAACUAUACGGUUCGAACACAGUGGAAGUACCGUGUGUCCAUUGAAGCUGACCUGAAACAGGUGCGCGACCAGAGCCGUCUGGGUCGACACUAUGCUCUGCAGGAGUCGGCCCUGCCUCACCUGCUCACCUCGGUUGCCCAGAACCUGAGUGCCAGUACCACCGAUAAGCCAGCCAUCAAUCUGGUGGUCUACAUUCCACCCUGCCACACAGCUCCAUUGCACAUUUACAGUAGCACGAAUCAGAAGCUAACACGGAAUGGAGUGGAUGCCUUCAUUUCGCCUCCUUGGGGAGCGUUCAUCAUCGCAAAUCCGCCAGAGCACGUGUGUCUGGCUGCGCUCAAUGAUCAGGAACCGGUGCCCUACUAUGUUAGCACCACGGACAACAUGCAGAUAAUGCUGGAUCAGCUGCACAAACUGCUCGACAUCAGUAGCGAACUGCAAAUGGACGGUGUCAAGGUGGUGGACAUUGAGCAGCUGGAACCGCGGCGCUGGGAGUAUGAGGCCUAUUUGCGACGCACUGCUAUUCGUCAUUUAUCUACCGCCAGUAACACCCUUCAAAGCCUCAUUAAGUUGUUGGAUCAAAUCAGCUAUAUUGUGAUAGACGAUGAAGUGGGUGCCGCCAUUACGAAAUCCUACGCCGAUAUUCUGGCCGCGAAGGCCGCCCUGCUGGAGAACCGACUGGCCGACGCCUCGGCGCUGGCCAAGCGCGCCUUUGUGGCCUCGGAGCGGGGCUUCUUCGACCCGAGUCUGUUGGCCCAGUUGUACUUCCCCGACGAACAGAAGUAUGCGAUCUACAUUCCACUCUUCCUGCCCAUUAUGGUGCCGGUGCUGAGUUCCUUCAACAUGCUUCGCAGUGUGCUGCAAGCUAGGCGGAAGGAGAAGCAGUCUUAAUCGAACCGCAACCAAAAAUAAUGUAUGCCACUUAGCUCUACCUAUUAAAACCUUUAUUUUUUGAUCAAGUUUAACGGUCUUUGCGGUUUAUUUGGAUUACUUGGGCUUUAUGUGGUAGUACGCAUCAUCGUUUAAGUCCGGAGUCUUUUU